GUUUCACAAAGUUUGAAGGUGCAUCAGAGUUGUAAAUAAACCUGCAGUUUGCGUUUAGGAUGAGGAGCUCUGUCAUACACACUAACUAAACUAACACAGCAAAAAAAAAAAAGAAACUUAAUGAUCUACUCUUGAAGUGCACUUGAGAUGACGUAGUGCACAUACAGCCGCGCCAAGGGCAAAAGUAUAAUCGGGACGCAAGAAAGCAAAAAAAAAAAAAGAAAGAAAAAAGUUGUUCCUGGAAACAGAGGAAAAGGAUCGCGGGGAAGCUGCGGAGGGAUUUCUAACCGGCUCAACUUUUUUUCUCACUUAUCAAAAACUCGGCAAGAAACACCAGAAAUGAGAAUAAAGUGAACAACUCGGAGGACUGAAGGGUCCGGUCAGUUUGGGGAACAGUGUCCGCUCAUUGCAAGCAUUACCCUUGGACACCCAUCUUUGAUAUAAAACCAUCUUCUCAAGACACAGCUGUGGGAAUAAGAGUUCUUCAUGAGCGCAGAUCCUUUGCCGAAUCUGCCUCAGCCAUGAGUGGAAAAGGUUGCCAGCUCCUGGUGUCUCCCUGCAGCAUUCCUCCAUCACUGAAUACAAUCAGAGGCCACCAGUCCCAGACCAUCGGGAUACCCCUGUCUUCCUCACCUCAACAAGCCGGACUUAGGUCGUCCACAGGCAGAACGGAGAAAGCAAAAAGCAGAAGCAUCCAUUCUUUAGCUUUUGGAAACCAAAAUGAGGGCCAUGUUGUCCUCCCUAACCUGAGCCUCCGCAGAAAAGUGUUGACCAAUGGGAAAACUUUAACGGUGCCACCCGGGAACCCAGAGCAAAUACCCGCUUUUCCACUUCAGAGCACAACUAAGACAACUGCCAGGAACGCAAAACUCCUAAACUCUUCUAUCUACAGUGUCAAAGCUGAUUUUGCAGUGUCUGGAUCCACAUUUGAUGCCUCUGGUCCGGCAGCGGGUGUUAACCUAACAGUGACCAGUAGUCCUAUAAGUGCUUUCUCAGUGCCAACAUUUCCUGCGAGACUUCGGCCUCCGUCCUCUCACAGUGUGCCAUUUUCUCACAACGAUGCCAGGUCCUUAUUUUCCAGAGAAUCCCUGGCGUCCACCACCCUCAGCCUGUUUGAAACCCAGUCUGUGUUUAGUAGCAAACAGGACUGGGCAUAUGGCUACCGUGUGCUCCCCCCCGUGGGACUACCUCAGAGCUGCGCCCAAGCCAGUGAGGGCGGUGAACAACUCAGCCUCUCCCCCGGCACGGCCAUGUCGGGCACCACCGCGUCAGGAGAAACAAGCGCCUCUGCCUCCCUGCCCUCGUAUCUUUUUGCUGCUGAGGCUGGAAGCCCGAGACAAUCUCAUGCGAAGAAGAGAGCGCUUUCCACGUCGCCAUUGUCAGACGUCAUGGGGAUUGACUUUAACAGCAUUAUACGGACUUCGCCCACGUCGCUUGUGGCUUACAUCAACGGUUCUCGCAGCUCUCCGUCAUCCCAUCUCACCCUCUCUCCUGUUCACUCUGAUGGAUAUGGUCAUUUCUUAGGAGUGAAAGGUCGCUGUAUACCCCACCACCAUCCAUGCAGCGUGCCGGGCCCUACCCAAGCAUUAACCCUGCUGUCAGAGUGUGGCCGUAUGCAGGUGCUUGACGAGGGAGGGGGCCUGGAGAACCAGAUGGCUAACAUGAUGGUGGGGCCGCAGUGCCUUUCACAUGAAGAAGGGUUCCUGGAAAAGACUUCAGAGAGUUGCAGCCAAAUGUCUAACUGCAUUCUACCACCGUUGCAGCCAGAGACAGCGUCGUUGACGAGGGUCCAAGAAGCCGCCGUUCCACAUGGGCCUCCUCCCCCUUACCACUCGCAUCAUCACAUAAACCCUUCCAGAUACCACUGCAAAAUGAAGGCCCAGUCUCAGAACACUGCCAUGCAAUCUCCCAUGUUUCCACACAGGCACGGAGUCAGCUUUUUACCACAGAUUCCCAUGCUGGAGGAGGAGGAAGGGGAGGCGGAGGACUGCGGCACCCACUGCUGCAGGUGGCUGGAUUGCACUGCAGUUUACGACCAAAAGGAGGAGCUGGUAAGGCACAUAGAGAAGCUGCACGUGGACCAGCAAAAGGCAGAGGACUUCACGUGCUAUUGGGUUGGCUGUCCACGAAACUUUAAGCCAUUCAAUGCCAGAUACAAGCUUCUUAUCCACAUGAGGGUCCACUCCGGAGAGAAACCCAACAAAUGCUCGUUUGAAGGCUGCAGCAAGGCUUUUUCUCGACUUGAAAACCUGAAGAUUCACCUGCGCAGCCACACAGGGGAGAAACCCUAUCUGUGUCAGCACCCAGGGUGCCACAAGGCUUUCAGCAACUCGAGCGACAGAGCUAAACACCAGCGAACACACCUGGACACAAAGCCAUAUGCCUGCCAGGUGCCUGGCUGUGCAAAACGCUACACUGACCCCAGUUCAUUGAGGAAACACAUGAAGUCUCAUUCUACCAAAGAGCGGCAGUUACGGAAGAAGAUGAAAUCUUCCACCGAUGCAGCCCAAGGAACACUGGCUGACUGUUUGACCAUUCACCCUCUACAUCCCGACAUUUCCCCGCCGGCAAGGCUAGACAACAGCUUGAACCCAGCUCUCGGUGCGUCUCAUGAGACAUACUGCUGUGCAACACAAGGACAGGAUCCUUAUCACAGUCCCUGCUUGGCUCAGAUGUUCUCCAUGCCAGAUAACUACAGGUUUGUUGAUGAGCUGAUCUCCAGGGACUCCUCCGGGCCUUCCUCCUCCACCUGCCACCCUCUUCCUCCCAGCGGACAGGUGCUGCUGAACAACUGUGAUUUGAAGCAACUUGGCCAGCCUCCUGAUGUGAUGGAUCAGAGCCCAGGUUUUGACGUCCAUGUUCAAGAGUUGCAUGCCAGGGAUUACUUCUGUAUGGUGGACCACAGCUCAAACAAGGUCCCCAGUAUCUAUACAGAGGCGUGAUGCUACUACUAAUACUACUCAGUCGUCUGAGGAGGGGACGGUCAGAAGAAUUGUCUUGAAUGCAGUGGCUUGGAGAUUUACCACACCCGGACCUGAAAGAGGGAUUUAAAACCUGCUGCAGCAAGCCUGAUCUGGCUGUAAAACACCGCCAUGAAAGACAGCUUGUGAAAUAAACUGUAAUUGAAAACACUAAAAUAGCGUCAGCACUCAUGUAGAUUCUAAAAUAUCUGCUUUGACUUGUUUACUCUGCUGCAUACGCCCACUUCUCCAAAUAGGGGUUUCUAUUCUUUAUAUGAAUAGAAAUUUGGUGUUGUUGUUGCAUGAAUUAGAGUUCAGC